CAUUCAUUUACUGUGAGUUUAAGGAAGCAAAGUAAAGAAAAGCACUAUCACAGCUCCCAGAGAUAUUGGACACUCAAACCUUCAUCUAUCUGCUCUGCGAAUCGUUUAUAUCUGUAUCAUCUGUUGCUCACAGAUCAUUUUUAUCUUAAGCAGAGAAAUAUUCUCCCACUCAACUCGUGCUGCUCAGAAUACAAAUGCAGCUUACAUUAGAUUCUAAAAUCAAUAGGAUCCUUUCCCAAUCUGUAUUAAUUCCUCUCUCAGAUUGUCUCUCAACCUUUGAAGCUCUGCUUUCACUGCAGAAUGAAGAGGAUGUUGAAGAAGAAAGGACGUGAGGGGAAUCUGAGGGCAUUUAAACUUUGAGAUCAAGUGUUCUGCUUGAUGGGUGAAAUGUGUGGUUCUAGUUUGGAUAAAAUAAAUUCCCAGACUUUUAAAUUCCCGCUGUUGCGUUGAGUUUAGAAGUGCCGCACUGAAAGGGAACCACUGAUUUUGCCUUUCUUGUCGGUUGUGAUUAAUUUUCUCAAUGGACUGUGUGCCAUUUAAACACCUGGAGGUGGAACACAAAACAUGCCAUAUCUCUGAUGGAAGCUGGGUGCUUACAAGAGCAUGCAAAAAAUGACUUUUUUUUCCCCUUCCCAGAAAAUGAUGUCAUUGCAGUGAGUGGGUUAGGUUUGGGGAGCUUUCAUGUCAUAAUUAAGAGCGGAACAUACAUGAACACAUGCAGGAGCUUGGAAACAGAGCUGAAUUAUGAGCAUUUCGGUGCUACCGCAGCCUCUGUGAGGAGGAGAUUGUAAAGCAAACGCAUGAAAAUUGAGAAAUGCAGAUACAAGGAGGAAGCAUGAGUGUGCAUGCUGAUUGGGAUGAGAGUGCGUGGAGCCGCUGAGCUGCAGAACUUCCGAAUCCAGCAGAUGGGAAAGUCCACGUCCUGGCUUUGUGAUGAUCCGUGGGAGCAACAUGCAACUCGCGCCGCUGCCUCGCACUGCUGCAGUGGAGGAGUAAAUGCAGAGCCCGACACUGCUCCAGACCAGAAGUUUACAUCUUGGUCCCCACCUCGGAAGGUAAAUGAAGGCAGACAUCUCCCUCCUGCCAGGAACAUGAAGGGCUUAUCGGGCAGUCGUUCCCAGCAUCAUAUCCCUUUACCACAUGGUUUGGACUACGAUCCCCACAUUCAUGAUUUCCAUGGCCACCAUGGCUCUGACUCCCGCCACCCGUCAUACCUGCUCAGUCCCACAGAGAGCUGCCCCGUGGACUUCCACCACCGGUACUCGCCUCGAAGCUCCAUCCACUCUGACUGCAUGAUGAUGUCCCCUGUCAUGAUGCCUCCACCUGCCGCAUCAGACCACAUCUCCAGCAGCACCUUCCCCAGAAUGCACUACAGCUCUCAGUAUUACGACUCAGCCACCCGGGAAGACUGCGCUGCCAUCACAGCCUCCGCCACCUCGCCGGCUGUCGCUGCUGUGGCAGCCGCUGCUGCUGCCUCCUCCCACCACGCCGGCACUAAAAGCAAUCGCCUUCCAGCUAACCUGCUAGACCAGUUUGAGAAACAACUGCCACUUCACCGCGACGGCUUCCACACGCUACAGUACCAGCGCACGUCCACAACCACUGAGCAACGCAGCGAGAGUCCCGGCCGCAUCAGACACCUCGUUCAUUCUGUUCAGAAACUCUUCACCAAGUCCCACUCUUUGGAGGGGUCAUCCAAGAUGAAUGGCACAAAAGGUGAUGUAGGAGGUGGAGGAGGACCAGGGUCUUAUUACCAUCAUGGCCACCACUCCACCAAACAUGGCAGCAAGAGGAGCAAAAGUAAAGAACGUAAGCACCGCUCUGGAGGUUGGUGGAGCUCUGAUGACAACUUGGACAGUGACAGCACCUAUCGCACACCGAGUGUAAUGUCGAGACACCAUGGGGAACAUGUCAGCCACUGCUACCCAGAAUCCAUGCACAGCCACCACUUUGGUGAAAUGUCGCUCAAGGGCUCCAAGAGUAACAAUGAUGUCAAGUGCUCAGCCUGUGAAAGCAUGGCCAUGGCACCCGAGGGCAAAUUUAUGAAGAGGAGCUCCUGGUCGACACUAACAGUCAGCCAAGCCAAGGAGGCCUAUAGGAAGUCAUCGCUUAAUUUGGACAAACCCAUGAUGCACACCGACCUCAAAACGUCUUCACGAGCAUGUCACUACCUUCAGGUACCCCAAGAUGAGUGGAGCGGUUACCCCGGUGACAAAGAUGAGGAGAUUCCAUGUCGCCGCAUGCGGAGCAGUAGCUAUGUCAAAGCUAUGGGAGAGCUGGAGGAUGAAAGCGGAGACUCCGACACGAGUCCUAAGACUUCUCCACAGGCAGCCAUUCGUCCUGAUGCUCUUGUCCUUAAAUCAGCCAUGCAGAGACCCCAUUUAGACUCCCAAAGCCAGGGUUACCACUUGCAAACCAGAGAUUUGCGGCCCCACCCAAGUGUCACGCUGGAUCCUGCCACCUCCUUUCAUCCCCCUCCUUUUCGCUCUCGCAACCAGAGCUACAUGCGUGCCGUUAGCACCCUCAGUCAAGCUAGCUGCGUCAGCCAGGUGAGUGAGACUGAGAUCAAUGGCCAGUUUGAGUCAGUUUGCGAGUCCGUUUUUAGUGAAGUAGAAUCACAGGCCAUGGAGGCCUUGGACCUGCCUGGUUCGUUCCGCACUCGAAGCCACAGUUACCUCCGUGCAAUUCAGGCUGGUUAUUCCCAAGAUGACGACUGCUUGCCUUCAAUGACAUCCUCCACUGUCACUUCAACUCUCAGAUCCACAACAGGCGCCCGUAGUUUAGCUGGGGGGCGUAGGGAGUACGGUAGGUCUGGGAUUCAGUUUCGUCUCCCUACUUCAUGCAGUGUGGACCGUGCUCAGCCACCUCCAGCGGUUUCAUAUCCUCCCAGUUACAAGAAGACCCCACCUCCUGUGCCCCCGCGCGCCACCACCAAGCCUCUUAUUUCUGUGACAGCCCAGAGCAGUACAGAGUCCACCCAGGAUGCCUACCCGGAAGGCAGGCAUUCGCGAGGAGGUCUGUGGACCACGGAUAGCCUUGGACGCCCUAUCUACAGCUCCACGGACAGCCUGGACAGCACCAAGGCGGUCACCUUGGCCAUGGAAUCAGCGGCAGGCAAGAGGCAUGCGUUGGUGGGAAGUCACACCUCCGUCCAGACAUGUGACAAGGCGGUACUGGUAUCAAAGGCUGAGGAAUACCUCAAAACCCCACGUUCUUCUAUUGGCAUACAGGUGGAGACUGUGACAGACUCUGAGGCUGACAGUAAAGGCCUUCCUCAGUUUCACUCCAUAGGGAUCCAGGUGGAAGAUAGGAAAAGGCAUGGGAGGUUCAAGCGUUCCAACAGUGUGACCACGGCGGUGCAAGCAGACUUGGAGCUGGAAGGCUUUCCCUCCAUGGAAGACAAAGGCCUGCAGUUCGGUGGCGCCUUCGGACGCCACUCUGAGCCCAGCACACCAACUCAGUAUGGAGCCAUCCGAACUGUCCGCACGCAGGGUCUUUUUAGCUACAGGGAGGACUACCGGCCUUCCAGUGGGCGUUCCAGCCCCCAGCCUGAACCCUGGUUGGUGGAACCCAGCCUGGAGAGCACCGACUCUGGCCGAGUAUCUCCCCUCCGGAGGGAUGGCAGCUGGUUCAUGCAACUCCUUCACAAUGAAACAAAGAGGCUUGAGGAAUGGUGCAAAGAGAUGGAAAGAGAAGCAGAGGAACAUGACCUGUCAGAGGAGAUCCUAGGAAAAAUCCGGAGUGCAGUUGGAAGUGCUCAGCUACUAAUGUCUCAAAAGUUUCAGCAGUUUUACUGGCUGUGCCAACAGAAUCUGGACCCCAGUGCCAUGCCUCGACCCACAUCUCAGGACCUGGCUGGAUUCUGGGACCUUUUGCAGCUUACAAUUGAUGACGUCACUGCCAAGUUUGAUGAGCUGGAGCAGAUCAAGAGCAACCAGUGGCAGCUGGUGGAGAGCCCCGAAAAGAAGGAGCAAAAGUGGCCCCCACCUCUGCCAAAGAGGCCAGCCAGGGGCCGUGGUGGUGUGAUGAGGGAGCGCUCUCUUGACCUCCAGGACCGCCAGCGACAGGAAGCCCGCAGACGCCUGAUGGCUGCCAAACGAGCAGCUUCUUUCAGACAGAACUCAGCCACGGAGAGGGCGGACAGCAUUGAGAUCUACAUCCCAGAGGCCCAAACACGGCUUUGAGGUUCACACAAUCCUCCUUAGCUCCUGUAGUCCAUCUCCAUCUGACACCAGCAGGUCGGGGCGCAACAUCUGCCCUAUGUCUCCUGUUUGCUGAAUCGUUUUACAUGCCGUCCUGGCUGUCCCUGAAAAGAAAAUACACUAGGCAAAGAUUUUAACAGAAAAUGUUACCCCUUUUUUUAUCUACAAAAAUGAUGAAUGAUAAAAUGCAGCCAUCAUAAAAACACAGGAGUCGGAUUUUUGACCACGUUUUCAAACCCCAAUAAUCUGGAAAAUUGAUACAGCAAACUAUUUUUUCAAUUUUCAUUUGAUAUUCUUCAGCCAAGAGUCACCCAGUGCCAGCCAAAUAUAAUAAAUACAGAGGUUGUUAAUGUCCACAAAAUCUUCCUUUGCUAAGUGUAUCCUAAAGAUCACAGGGACAUUUGCCAAUGGCUGAGAACAAGCUAACAUAAAGUAAAAUAACAGCUGACCGAAUUAAAUCAUUCUUAAGACUUCUUUUGUCUUUUUUGGUCCACCUAAAUUGCUGCUGUUCCCGACGUCAGUGAAAGGACAAAAACACUUUUUUUUUCCAUUCAGAGAAACAAAGCGCUACUUUCCCUUGCUUGCAACAAUGUUCUGUGGCUAAAGCACCCUUUGUGUUUCCUCUAUCACUCAAAGUUACCAUAUUAUUUAUUUGCAGUAUAAUUUUAAGUUUCUUUGCUUUUCCCUUUUUUAAUUUUUUUUUUAAAAUAAGGUCAAAACCUGAAGAAGAGUUUGACUUUUUAAAAUAAAGCGUUCAAUUUGCCAUGGUUGAUGUGGCAAGUACUUCACAUAUUUUUCUUUGAUCGUUCUUUAAUCAGUCGUGCUGCAGCCAUUAACCAUUGUUGCCGGCUGGGAUUUAAAAAAAAAUAAAAAAUAAUAAUAACACUGAAGAAUCCAUCCAAAAAUCUUUUCCAUCCCUGCAAUACCAUUCAGUCUUAGGGCUUUUUUAAAGACGUGUGAAUUACUAGCUGCUGUCCACAUUUCCACUGCAGAACAAAUAUGAAUUAUUAACAAAAGAAAAAGAUUUACACAGCCUGAAAAAGGUUAUUUCAACCAAUGCAUUUUGCACCUUAUAAUAUUCAUGUUUGUAUUUCCAAGGGAAAUGUAGUUUAUGACGCUCAUGUGAUAUUGUUGCAGUUGAAUUGCAAGAACAGAGAUGAAAAAUCUACUACAGAAUUUCAUAUAUAAAUAUAUAUAUAUAUCUAUAUAUAAGUUGUAGAAAUUGCACCUUGUUUCCUUUUUUUAAUGGCAUUAAUGCCACUCUUAAGUAAACUUUUAUGAUUCUAACACUUUUAAUUCUACUUACAGUAUUUAUCAUAAGACCAAUUUCAGAGUUUAUGCUAUACAUUUACUAUUUCCGGUAAUAACAGGCAUUGGUUGAUAUGACAGAGCGUCUGUCUGGUUAUUAAGUAAUAUUUCUUAGCUGAGAGUUUCCAUUCUGCACUGCAUCUGACUUUCUGUUCUCGUUUGAUCUGCUUGUGUAGUUCUAGGGAAAACAGGUGCAAAUGACACUUUAACAAUAUUCAGUUACUAUAAUAAAUGGUGCUGCUUUUUACUCUAAAACUGUUGUCCCUCACCCAGUCCGACAUGCACAUACACACACACACACACACACCUACACACACACAAAUAACAGUACUUUUUACACUGAGAUUUGUUAACAUGUCUCCCCGAUGGUUGAGUGUGACUUUAGACACAAUCAAUUUUGCAGUGUUGUUGCUUUCAGUGAAUUAAAUGAGGAGACAGUUGUUUUAGUUCAGAUUGUUGCCCAGAAUAAAGUAAAGGGAGUUUUAUUGAGAUGAAUAACAUUAUUAUUACUAUUAUUAUUGAGCAGGAGGGAAAACAGGUUUGACAUUCCAACAACUUUUAAAAUAAAAUUAAGGCUACAUCAUGGUUCAUGUUUUUAUUUUUCCUCACACUUCCAGUUCAUUCCCACUCAUCUCCAUUAGCCAGUCCAACCUCGGGUAAUUAAAACGAAUGCUGAUAUUGCCACCAUGUUAGGUCAUAGUGUUUCCUGUUUUAAUCUUAACACGUUCAGCGGUGGGGAGCAGUCUGCGUUCUCUGUAUGAGGUGGUGAAAAGUCAAGAGGGAUAAUGACACUUUUUAAUUAUAAUUUCAACUGGCAACGGGGCUCAGCAUGAGCUGGACUAUUUUACUCCAGGAUAAGUGUGCUAAGUCUGAAACCUUUACCCUACGGGCUUGCAAAAACACUAAUGAAUGUAGUGAUGACAUUGAUCCAAAAAAUGUCCCAGGAGAUUGGCGAUUGCGAAAAUUUCAAAUAAAUACAACGGGAUGACAGGGUGUUUUGAUUUCAUUUGUUUUUCCAUGCAAAUUGUCGUAUAUUUAAUUUCCACUAUGAAAUAGGGCAAACAUAUUAUUUACUUUUUAAUGAGUUGAAUUUUGUUCGCUCAUAAAGUGAGCAACUGGGGAUUGAGCCUGAACUCACAAAAAAAGUGUAGCCUUUUUAGAACAUAGAAAGUUUAGAGCGAGUUCACAGAAAAUGCUAAAACAAAUAAAUAGAUUGAACUUUUUUCAGAUAUAUCAUUAACUUUGCUACACUGCUUUAGAGAAAUAUGUGCACUCCUUAUACUCCUUGGAUAGAAUAUUUUACACAUAAAAAUCUGCAAACUGGCACACAUUUGAAUUCAGCCCUUUUAUUAUGAAUUCCAAUAUAAGGUCUAGUUAAAACCUAAAGUCAACGAAAAAUUGUUAUUCACAAACAAUUCCUUCCCCAGCUGUAUAUAUUCGAUGGCAACUGGUUGAACUAAAUAUAUUUAGGGGUUAUCAGAGUAGAUAGAAAAUUACCUUGAUAUUUUUAGAGUGUUUAUUUGUUUAAAAAGUGGAAAACCACAAAUCACGUUCCUUCUACUUUAAAACAAUGUCUAUCACAUAAAAUCCUAAUAAAAUACACAGUUACUGAUCUGUAUAUACAUUAUAAAUAUCCUUAUUACAAAUAUUUUUACAUUAUUUAUUUCAGGUUGUGUUAACUACUUUAAAAGUCUAAUUUAAGCAAAAAAAAAAAAAAAAUUAAAUUAAAAAAAAACAAGCAAACAAACAAAAACACUUUAUCUUAAUAUAUUUUAUAGAUGUGUGCCCACUAUAGAUUAAAGGGAUAGCAGAAUACAUUUGCUCAAUAAGUCCAGUGCAUUAAAGACGUACAAUAAACUGUUAAGAUGGUAAGGGCUUAGUCUUCACAGGUCGCUUUUUUUUUCAGCAUUAUUGUUUAUAUUACUUUGCUUAAAAUGAUUUAUUUUAUGGCAGAGUGGUAGUAAGGAAAAAAAAAAACACACAGUGCCAUUUUUCAAUUAUUUUGAGCUUGAUUUGAGAUUGGUUGUGUUUCUUAUGUUUGAAUUAGACACUAAAACAAUGUAAUGUAAAAUACUUAAAUAAUUUAAAUAAUUUUUCACAUUAUGUUUUGAAAAUUUGGUCAAGACCUUCAAUGAACACAUUUGCUUCCCAAAAAUGUGAAAACUUAUGCAAAAGGUUUUUCAGAUCGUAGUGGCCACUCUUGCUGUCAUCGGAAGCUUUACUUCUUGUUUAGUCUUUCAUUUUCAUUUGUCCCUAGUUGUCUUUAUCAACAUCUCAACUCAUCUUGUAGAAGGACGCAUCUGCUGAAAACACCACAGUUGUUUCAUCUCAAUUGAGCGACGGUUGAUGGGCUACUUUUACAAUCUAACUGCUCUUCCACCUGACUGAAGUCAGACAAAGUCUACUUCCCACAGACUGCAAACUGUGACUCCAUCCUGUCUACUGCUGCUGAUCUGGUGGUCUAUAUCACCAGUGCAGGUUUUAAAUCAAAUUAAGAUUAAACUGAGCUUCUCACAGCUUUAAAUUCGUGUUUCUGUUUUACUUGCGUAACAGUUGGUACGAGUCAAAUCUGUCAUUAUCUUUCCUCCUUCGGGACACUGUGUUCUGGUACUUUAAAAGAGGUGGGACUGAGAAAAAAGCAAAGUGAUAAAGAUUAUCUGGAAAUACACUCACAACUUCAUAGUGUUUUGAGUGAAAAAAAUCAUGUCACUUCAGCUGCUUUCACAGUUGGACUGAAGUCCUGACACCAGGAUGUUCUUAGAAGUUACAGGGACACUGUUGGAAAUGACUACGCAUCUACAGUAAUACAUUGUAAGGGGUAUAAGAUACACAAUUACAAUAUCAGAAAUCACACAAAGUGUUUCUUGUAGUAUCUCGCAGGGACGUUAUAAUAUGGUGCCAUUUUCGUACCAUUAUCUUUGAGUUGCUAUAAAUGUUUUCUGUGUUUUUCCUCACUCUCCCAACCAUUUUAUAUGGGGCUUAGAAGUUUGGCAACUAUGUACAUGACAAAUCCUCAGGUGCCUUACAGUUAGAUUCUCUUAGGACUGAGCAAAUGAUUUGGUUUGAGGUUUGUGAAAGGACUGCAAGACCUUUUAGAGUUUGUACCUUCAUAAAGGGCUGGAAACUAUAUGCUUGGUUGGAUCACAGAGUUAAAAGUGGAACAACACUUAUAUUUGCCUGUUUCAGUUGUCCUGAGUCAGCACAAUAUAGCCUAGAUAAAAGACAUCAAAGAAAAGGAAUUGCUGACGUUUAUUCUGGUCACAAUUCAAUAUAUUUGGUUCAGACCUUAGUAAAUGUGUUAGUAUAAUUUAAAAUACUUUUUGAUCCAUAUAUAAAAAACACUUUAACAAUAAUCAAAGGAAAGUAAUUGUUUCAGAAUAUAUUUUUUCAUUCAUAAGUGUCUUUACUUCUGUUUGCCCAUAUUAAAAUCUCAGUGUAUACUAGAGUUGGAGACUGGACCAGCUGAAAAAAGUGCAAUAGUAUUUUAUUACAAUGACAGACAGGCUGGCCUGCAGCUACUUACCUCACGGUUGAGUGUUUUAGAGAACGUUAUUAGGAGCAGUUAUAAGCUCCACGUGAACGCUUUUUCAUGCCUGUGUACUAUGCAGCAGUGCCUUUGCAGGGUGGCUGAGGAUGCAGGCCUCUGUGCAGAUUGAACUUCAUACAAGGGACCGCUAAAGGCACCAUGUACAUUGUGAUAAAUGCAUCAGAAGGAAACACAACCAGAAUGGGAUACAGCUAAUCUGCCAGUUGGUAUUUAGUUUACACUGAUAUAAAAUGUUUAACAUUUAAAUAUCUUAAAUGACUUUCAAGGACUCACAAGAAUAGGUCCUUAUAGAGUUGCUACCCAUAUUUUUUAUCCAUGUCAAAAGCACCACAUUUUAGAUCAAUUAACUGAAGUUAAACCUCACGGACAUCUAGGUGCUGAAAUAACCAUCUUAUUGUAUUGGAUGUUGGUUUUAUUUUAUGUUAAUAUUUGACUAAUUAGUAAACACCAAAACCAUUCAGUGCACAUAAACUUUAGAUCAGCAGUGUAAUGGCAUAUUCUCUACUACUCAGUUAAGUUUCUGCUCAUGAUUUUGAGGAUUUUUCUAAACUCAUUCAACUUUCAUUAUUUCCAACAUUGUUGCUCUACAAUAUUCUUGUUCUGUUUUCAUAAUUCACAUGAUGACAUCUAAACUUGUUUCUUUCCAAGCAUCAAGCAAAUAUAAACAUUUACUGUGGGGCUCAUGUAAACCUCAUCUCUAUGUAUGAGUGUUUCUGCCUUUCAAGCAAUAACCCUUGUUUAAAUGUUACAAAUGUUUUUGCGCUGGUUUCUGAAGUCAGAGGAAUAUUUGAUGAUUCCUUCGCUGGUUAAAGAAUAGUUUGUCACAAUAGGUUGUAUGCCUAUUUCACUUUAUUUGAUCAGUAAAGACUUCUGUUAAACACGUUUCCUGUGAACUUGGAAAAUUAUUGAUUUGUUUAAAAUAUUUUAUUUUAUUUUAUUUUAUUUUUUUUCAAUUGCUAGCCUACCACAUAAAUGCAGUCAUGUAAAACCAAUACUUGGUAUUCAACAAUGUGGUAAAAGAGUAUCAGUCAAAUGGUCGCCUAAACUCAUCAUCAGGAUGAAUGUCAGAUUAUGUUUGAGCUUUUAGUGAUUUAUUUGAGCUAUUCUUAUUUUGAUGGUGCAUUGAUGGUAUUACAUACAUCAGUGCCUUUUAAACAUAAGCGCUGGGUGCCUGAGUUUGAAUUGGAUAUUUAAUUUAAUCCAGAAAGAAUUAUACACACUUAAGCCCUAAUGUAGACACAAGUAACAUCAUGCACAGCUGCUAUUUGGAUAGGUCUUCCAUAGUAAGUUGCAUAGAAACCAAAUGUGCUUUGUAGGCAUCGAUCACAUCUGGCAUAAUUCUAACUGGCAAUGUGAUCAAUCCAUUUAUUGCAAAAUCUAGAGAUUGCACAGAUCAAGCUUUUAAACAUGCCCCAUAAAUUUUAAUCAAAGUCAAGGCUAUUUCAUAAGAACAAUGUUAUCCUGCUCAAUCUAAUAUAAUGUCUACUGUGUCUACAGUCAAGUGUGUCUAGGUAUCAACCAUCUGGCUGUUAAGGUAAGGUAAGAUUGAGGAAUUACUAGCUUACAGGUGCUGUAAGCUAGUAAUCUGUUUUAUUAAUUCCACCAACUUUUUACAAUGCUUAAGUACGACCGGUAGCAAGAACCGCUCCACAGCCCAAUACUACCACCUCCAUGCUGGGCAGUUGGCACAGUGUUCCCGGCCAGCACUAGUCAAAGUGUCUAUGAUGGUAUCAAACUAGCUUCUUUACAGGUCAGGGCAGGUGUUCCAGCAUUUCCUAGUUUAUGAUACACUGUAGCCUGGUGGUUCUUGUGUUGUUCUUGAACAUGCUUACCAAUCACUUUGCAGUUGAACAUUACAAAUCGGGUCAUAUGAUUGAAAUUUGGAGAUCAGAAACACAUAUCAAAUUAGGUGUGGAAUAGAUGGAGCAGAUGAAAUUAGUUCCCUGAAACGGUCUCAAAGCUAUGACCUAAACCCUGCUGUAAAAUUGUGGACCAUGUCUGAACCCCAGGUCCCUGGCAGAAUAACAAAUCCAGAAAAGUACUCACAUAUUCUCAUAUUGUUUAUGGGUACAUGAAAAUGGCUGUGGUCAAGGUGCAACAUGUUAAAAGUUCUUCUGCCAAAUAUAUUUACUCAUCCUGGAGUAAAUAUACUGCCACCAAUAUUUGGACAACUGUGUGUCCAAACCUUUGGUCUAUACUGUAUAUUUAAAAACUGUAUGUAUAGUUCUGACUGUGAAGAAUAUUAACACAUCUACAAUAAAUUCAAACCUCUGCACCCAGUUCUUGUUGAACAUUAUGUAAUAGUUUUUUUGUAUGGUGGAGAAAGGAACGACUCAAGCACAUCAUUAAAAGCCACAUCCAUGAUGACUGUGUGUCAACUUUUGACCAAAGCUUUACACGUAGGUUAGCUUUUGAAAGGGCUAGCAAUUUAGCCAGCUCCAAGUCCUUAUGCUAAGCUAGGAGAGGUGCUAAUUUAAUAUUUCCCGCACAAGACAUAGUAGUGUCAAAGAUCAACACUGAAUUGACAAACUAUUCUUUUCACCAGGCAGCAUUAGGAUUAAUAUCCACAAGUUUGUUUUGUGUAAUUUAUUUUAGUAUGUUGUUUUUUUUUUUGCAGCUUCAGUGUCCAUCUGUGUAAUGGACUAAAUGUACAAAUCCAGCACUGACUGAGGGGCACUAAUACUAGUCAUAUUAUAACAGUUCUGCCAGAAUUGCACAUUAUGUAAUUUGGAUAUAUUUUGUGUAUAAAUAUGAAACUGCUAUAGAAAACAUAUUUUUCAGCGUUUUAUGGAGAGAUAGAACAGACACCGUUUUGUUUGACUUUGGUGGAGAAAUGUGUUGUGGGUUAUGGGUAGAAAAAAAAAACUAAAAUGACAUCAAAACCAUCAGAUAGUAUAUACAGGUUUGUGGUGAGCUUAAUUCUAUUUUGAAAUUGUUUAAUAUAUCAAUAAUGAGGACAAACAUUAUGCCAAAUAAGUAUUUGUACAGAAAUAUACAUAUAUAAAUAUAUAAUUUAGGCCUAAUUUAUUUAAAACUAUUUUCUGCUCUUGACCCUGUUUUGGUUGUUUAAUGUUUCUUUGUCAACAUUUUAUAAUAGCAUGCAGGAUAGUAAAUGAUUGUAUUAAUUAGUGAUUCAUUGCUGGUCAGUAUAACAGCAGUCUACAGAUCAGUUUGUGUUUGCAAGAUUACUUUAGGAUGACUAUUUCAUUUCUAGAUUUGUUCAUCUAAAAAUUAAAUGUACAUUUUCUUUUCUAAAUGCAAGGUUUUGAAAUUGUUCCAACAGUUUUUAU